AUGAUGUACAAGUUGUGUGUCACUGUCAUCCUCCUAAUAUCGUGUUCUGUUAUUGGAUUGCAUCAUGAUAAUCGAGAACAGUAUUGGCCACCCUUGACCGUAGAGGCUUUGGUCGAUACAGCCGAUGACCGGGUGGAUCUUGCAAUCAAACCCUUUGUGAAACGACCGGCNGCUCGAACUGGCCAUCUGGCCAGUUAUUACGAACUGCUUUUGCGUUCUUUAGCUACUGAUGUGGAAGUGGAAGCCAGUAGUUCACAAUUGCGACGCAUGGCAGAUUUGGAACAAGCACUGCUACAGCAACCCCAGCAUCCAACGUACAGUUUAUACCCACAAGUGCUUGAUAUACACAAGGUUAUAAGAUCAGUGAAGUUCGGAGGGGCGAUCGACGAG